CCCCGCCGAGCUGUGUCGGGCAGCUGCAUUAGCGGCUGCGCGCUGAGAGGAGCCGCUCCCAGGCCGGCCGCCCCCUGCGCCCGGGGUCAAUUAUCCACAUUAAUAUUGUUUGGCUUUUUUUUUUCUUCUACACCUCCAAGAGUAUUGUAUUCUCUGCCUUGUAGCUUUAUCCUGUUUUUUUCCUGUUUAACUCAGCUGCAAAACACAAGUUCAUGAAGGCUGUAAACCAAUUGGUUCCUUGUUAGAGAUGUCACUGAUAAGAGAAAUAGAGAUUGUCUCUACCUAGUUCCUGAGGUCUCCAGUGUUUAAAUAUGGAUUUCUCUCUCACAACAUAAGCCUGAAACUUUUAUUUUUACUCUCUGAGGUUAAUACUGAAGUGGCAUUGAUGAAGAGGAGCUACUUGACAGUUGCCUUUGACUGGUUGAAUUGUGCAGCAUUGUUUACCCAGGAGAUACAUUGAGAUCCAUUUGUUUUCAUCCUUGACAUUGUUUCCACCUGGGUUAUGGCAGAAUUCUGAUACAAAAGCAAAAACGUACAGGGGGAACAAUUUGGAAUAUAAACUGAGCAUGGUAGGAUCUUGAAUGCAAAUUGUCGUAAAAGGAGAGACGGGGAGGUGAAGGAAUGGCAUCCAGAGAGAGGCUGUAUGAACUUUGGAUGCUUUAUUGUAACAAGAAAGACCCAGAUUAUUUGCAGCUUUGGCUGGACAGUUUUGUUUCUAGCUAUGAACAAUUUCUGGAUGUGGACUUCGAGAAGCUUCCCACGAGGGUGGAUGAUGUACCUCCUGGAAUAUCACUACUUCCUGACAAUAUUCUGCAGGUCCUGAGGCUUCAGCUGCUACAAUGUGUCCAAAAAAUGUCAGAUGGACUAGAGGAGGAGCAACAAGCCCUGUCACUUUUACUUGUCAAAUUCUUUAUCAUCCUUUGCAGAAAUCUGGCUAAUGUGGAAGAAAUUGGGACUUGCUCCUACAUUAAUCAUAUCAUCACCAUGACUACACUCUACAUUCAGCAGUUAAAAAGCAAAACAAAAGAGAAAGACGUGGCAGAUCAAUCACCUAUAGAAGAGUUUGUAAGACACGCAUUGGCUUUUUGUGAAAGUCUCUAUGAUCCGUAUCGAAACUGGAGGCAGCAAAUUGCAGGGCGAAUCCUGAGUAGUGUUGAAAAGAGCAGACAAAAGUAUAAACCUGCUUCCCUCACAGUGGAAUUCAUCCCUUUCUUUUACCAAUGCUUUCAAGAAAGUGAACAUCUCAAGGAAAGCCUGAAGUGUUGCCUGCUACAUCUCUUUGGAGCCAUUGUGGCUGGUGGACAGAGAAAUGCUCUUCAAGCCAUAUCUCCUGCCACCAUGGAAGUCUUGAUGCGUGUUUUGGCAGACUGUGACACCUGGGAUGAUAGGGAUCCUGAGGAAGUGAGCAGGAAAGCAGAGCUGACUCUUAAGUGCCUGACAGAAGUAGUGCAUAUCCUUCUCACCAGUAGUUCAGACCAGCGGCAAGUGGAGACCAGUACCAUACUGGAGAACUACUUCAAGUUGCUUAAUUCAGACCAUUCAGCGUUGCCUAACUCCAGGAGAUCUAGGCAGUGGGAGAAUAGGUUCAUUGCACUACAGAUCCAAAUGCUGAACACCAUCACAGCCAUGUUAGACUGCACUGAUAGGCCUGUUCUGCAGGCCAUUUUCCUUAAUAGUAACUGCUUUGAGCAUCUCAUCCGACUGCUGCAGAACUGCAAGCUGUUUUUAAAUGCUAACAAUAAGGUGGCAGACAAGAGUGAAAAAGACCUUGCCAACAAAUUACUGACAGAAAUGAAUGAGGACCAGGUGUUUCAGGGACAACUAGACUGCUUGGCAGUAUCCACCAUUCAAGCCCUUACAGCAGUAUUGCACAAAUCUCCAGCUGCGAAGGAGGUCUUUAAAGAGCGGAUUGGUUAUGCACAUAUGUAUGAAGUACUAAAAUCUCUGGGUCAGCCUUCGCGAGAGUUGCUAGAAGAACUUAUGAAUAUGGCUGCCGAAGGUGAUCACGUGUCUGUUGGAAUUUUGGGCAUUAGUAACGUCCAGCCCUUAUUACUGCUUAUCCAGUGGCUUCCAGAGCUAGAGUCACAUGACCUUCAGAUCUUCAUCUCAAAUUGGUUGAAGCGAAUCUGCUGUAUUAACAGGCAGAGUCGUGCCACGUGUGUCAAUGCAAACAUGGUCAUCCGCAUCAUUGAGACAUUAAACUUCCACUCUUCACUUCAUCGCACUUGUGCUGAGAACCUGAUUGGCCUCCAGGGUUCUUUGGGAAGUCAAUCAAUGAGCUCUGAAGAACUGCAUCGACUAAUACGACUCUUGAGGACUAAUGAACCAAAGCAGUCUCACCCUUACGUCAUCCCUGUGAUGCGUGCAAUUCUGGCAAUGGCUCGGAAGCAAGGCCUGGACAGUGCCAUGCAAUAUUUCAACUUGUCCCCCAGCAUGGCAGGAAUUGCUGUGCCACCUAUUCACAAAUGGCCAGGCUCUGCAUUUUCCUUCAAUGCUUGGCUAUGCCUAGACCAGGACCAAGUUACACCUGACAUCACCAGCAAGGGAGGAGGCAAGAGGAAGCAACUAUACAGCUUUUUUACAGGAAGUGGGAUGGGUUUCGAGGCCUUCAUUACCUGCUCUGGAACGCUGGUGGUUGCAGUUUGCACAAAGAGAGAAUAUGCAACAGUGAUGCUGCCAGAGCAUUGUUUGUGUGAUUCCCUCUGGCACAACAUAACUAUUGUUCAUAUGCCUGGAAAGAGGCCCUUUGGUCAAAGCUUUGUCUACAUCUACGUCAAUGGACAACAGAAGAUCUCUGCCCCACUUAGAUUUCCUGCCAUGAAUGAACCUUUUACUUCUUGCUGCAUUGGUUCAGCUGGUCAGAGGACAACCACUCCUCCUCCAUCUCAGAUACCGGACCCACCCUUCUCUUCCCCGAUUACGCCUCAUCGAACAUCUCUAGGUGGGAUUCUCUCUCCAGCUAGUUGGGGCGGACUGCUUGGGAAAUCAGAAUUGAUCACCAAGUUGAUCUCCGCGGGUACCCAGGACAGUGAAUGGGGAUGUCCAACAUCACUGGAGGGCCAGCUUGGGUCAGUUAUCAUCUUCCAUGAAGCACUGCAGCCCUCGCAGGUGAAAGCUUUAUAUUUGGCAGGCCCAAACUGUCUAACUCCAUGGAAAUCCCAAGAGUCUGAAGUGGCCGAUCUGCCCAGUAAAGUGCUUCUUCACUAUACACCCAAGGCCUGCAGAAACCCAAUCUGCCUUGACCUGUCCACAAAUCUUUUACAUGGAAGACUAACUGGAAACAAAGUAGUGAACUGGGACAUCAAGGAUAUGAUAAAUUGUAUUGGUGGAUUGAAUGUGCUGUUUCCACUACUGGAGCAGAUCAGUUUUCUCAGUGGACAGGUGCCUGAGAGGUCUGAAGGGGAAACUAUACCUCAGGAACUGGUGACUCCAAUAGAGGGAGACUGGGUGGUGUUAUCAUCCACAAAGGCUUCAGAGGCUCGUCUAGAGAAGAAUAUUGUUGCAACUUUCAUCUUGAUGAUAAAGCAUUUUAUUCAAAGACACCUUAUUAACCAAGAUAAUCUCAUUCACUCCCAUGGAGUUGCUACCCUAGGAGCCUUGUUACAGAAGGUGCCAGGCAGCUUGAUGGAUGUGAAUGUACUGAUGGCUCUGCAGUUAUUGAUAGAACAGGUCUCUGUGGAAAAAAAUGUGCAACUUUUGCAACAGAUGUAUCAACAUUUACUUUUUGACUUUAGUAUCUGGAACCGUGGAGACUUCCCUUUCCGGAUUGGACAUAUACAGUACCUUUCCACAAUCAUCAAAGACAGCAGGAGGCUCUUCAGAAAGAAGUAUGGAGUGCAGUUUCUGCUAGACACACUCAGGAUUUAUUAUGGUAGUGGCUGUAAAGACAGGGACUUAGCUCCAGAUGACCUCAGAACAAUACAAACAUUCCUAUAUGGACUGAUCAAAUAUUUCCUAAGCAAAGGUGGGACACAUGAAGAAAUACAGAGCAUCAUGGGAUAUAUAGCUGCGACCAGUGAAGAGGAACAGCUCUGUGGGAUUCUUGAUAUACUCUUCAGCCUACUUCAUACAAGCCCAACCCGGGACCAGCUUUUCUUGUUGCUUUUUGAACCAGGAAAUGCUGAUAUUCUCUAUGCUCUGUUACUGAAUCAGAGAUAUUCUGACAGGCUAAGGGAACUUGUAUUCAAGAUUGUAGAGCAGAUGCUGAAAUGUACUAAAGUCUAUGAACGGAGUAAACAACGUAUGAGACUCAGAGACGUGGGAUACUCUGGGCUAGGGCUCCUUCUGAAUGAAUCCCCAGUUACCAUUUCUCUUAUUAAAAAUCUUCUUAACCAAAUUCUGUAUGCAGAUCCUGUUGUGAAUUACAGAGACCUCAUAGCUGUGGUGCACCUGUCUCAUAGGGCAGAUAUAAAUGUUAGAGUGGCCAUCUGCAAAAAGGUUUUACAGCUUUUACAUUCCCAGCCGGAUGCAGCACAGCAGAUUUCUCAACAGCUAGCCUGGCAGGAGACAUUGGUUAGACUAUUCCUAAAAGAGAACUCCGACAUCAGGAAUGGACUUAAAGAGAGCAGGACUGACUCUACAAAGGAAGAUGAAAAAAAAAUUCCUCCUGAAGAGCUUCAGAAAUGCUAUCCUGAUCAGACAGAGGGGGGGAAAGCUGGUGGCUUUGCCUCAGUUAAUGGUUCAUAUGAUCAGUGGAGCGUGGAAGACAGCAAAUCUUUAGAUGUCCCCAGCUGUUUUUCUGGUACAUUGCUGGAAGGUACUUCCGUGGAAGAGAUGACUUUCAGGUCAGAGGAUCAAGAAGAGUUAUGGCACAGUAAUCCUUCACAUUUGCGUUUAGAUCUGUCUAGCGUGGACUCUUAUGAGCUGGCUGAUAGUGGGAAUCAAAUGACAGAUAGCUUACCCAGCACACCAUCACCCAUUGAAAAUUCAAAGCCAUUCUCUGGUCAGCCUGACAAAGAAUCAAGCGUCGUCAAUGAUAUGGGAUUCAGCGUUGAUCUUUCGUUAUUUGAAAACCAAGGAGGAUCUGAAGAGGAGCUCAUACAGUUGCUCACAGAUGUCCUGCUCUGUGUGAUGUGGAAAGGUUUAGAAAGGUUUGACGAUGCUGUCUGGAUUGAGAGGGGACAGGUGUUUUCUGCACUGACCAAACUGGGGAUAUCUAAUGAGUUACUGCAACCUUCUGAUGAAAUAAAACUCAACUUGCUAGAGAAGAUGCUGGAAUGGACAGUCACUGAUAACAGAGACACAAAAGCUCUUCCGACACAUGCUGAAAAUGCCUUCCGGCUCCUGCUCAUUGUACAGGACUUUCUACAGGCAGAAGGGCUAGUUAAUUCAAACUUAUGGACAGAAAAGCUUUUAGAAGAGCUGGUGACACUCAUUGACAGCCUGUCACUCUGGUACUCUGCUGGCCCAGAAUGGAUCAAGCUCUCCCAAGUGCAGGUCCAGUUGCUCCUGGGAUUCAUUGGACAAGAUAACUUACAGGUUUGCGCUAUGGCAGCAGCCAAGCUAAACACCCUUCUUCAGACCAAAGUAAUUGAAAGCCAAGCUGAGGCGUGCUACCUCUUGGGGAAGUUGGAAGGCAUCCUGAGUAGAUCAAUCAAAGAGAAGACAGAAACAUACGCAUUCUUGAUUCCCCUUGUUCGAACGCUGAUAUCCAAAGUUUACCAACUUCUCUUCAUGAACCUGCACCUACCCUCGUUGCCUCUCACCAAUGGCAGCCCCUCUUUCUUUGAGGACUUCCGGGAGUAUUGCAGCUCUGAUGAAUGGCAAGUUUAUAUUGAUAAAUAUAUUAUUCCAUAUAUGAAACAGUAUGAAGUCAAUACAUUCAGUGAUGGUCAUGAGCAUAUGGCACUUUAUUGGAAGGACUGUUAUGAGGCAUUAAUGGUGAAUAUGCAUAAGCGAGACAGAGAACGAGGAGAAAGCAAGCUCAAAUUUCAGGAGUGUUUUGUGGAGCCAUUUAACCGAAAGGCACGCCAGGAGAACCUGCGUUAUAACAGCAUGCUAAAACAGCUUAAUAGUCAACACACCGCUACUCUGAGGCAGUGGAGAGCAGCCCAACUUUACCUGACUUGUGAACAGGGCCCCUGGGCUGAAAGGAAACAGAAUCCCAUUCACUGGAAACUUUCAAAUGUGGAAAACUACUCACGUAUGAGGUUAAAACUAGUGCAAAAUUACAAUUUCAACUCCCAUCAGGAGGCCAGUGACCUGAGAGACAAUUUAGGGAUGCAGCAGACACAGCCAUCUAGUGAGUCACUGCUCCUGGAGGUGGUGAAGCAGGUAAAAGUUAGUGACAUGGAGGAUGAUAUACUUGAACUGCCAGAAGAGGACACAACUGCUGGUGCAAGCAUGGAUGAAAAGGAGGAGCAGGGUCAGAAAGAAAAAUUGGUACUGUCUGAAGAAUGUGAACUCAUCACACUAAUUGAUGUAAUACCUGGCAGACUGGAGGUCACUACCCAGCACAUCUGCUUCUAUGAUGGCAGCAUUGAAAAGGAGGAAGGAGUAGGUUUUGAUUUCAAAUGGUCCCUUUCUCAAAUUCGAGAGAUACACUUGCGCCGAUACAACUUGAGGCGGUCAGCCUUGGAGAUCUUCCUAACAGAUCAGACCAACUACUUCCUUAACUUCAAUAAGGAGGUGAGAAACAAAGUAUACAGUCGAAUCUUGUCACUCCGUUCUCCAAAUAUUUAUGGGACCAGAUCUCCACAGGAACUGUUUAAAGCUUCAGGCUUGAUGCAGAAAUGGGUGAACAGAGAAAUAUCAAACUUUGACUAUCUCAUUCAAUUGAACACCAUGGCGGGACGAACUUACAAUGACCUUGCCCAAUAUCCUGUGUUUCCUUGGGUCCUGCGAGAUUACACAUCAGAAGAGUUGGACUUGAAUAAUCCUGCUGUCUUUAGGGAUCUAUCCAAACCCAUUGGAGUGGUGAAUGAAAAGAAUGCCAAAGCUGUGCAAGAAAAAUAUGAGAAUUUUGAGGAUCCUCUUGGGACGAUUGACAAGUUUCACUAUGGUACUCACUACUCAAAUGCUGCUGGUGUCAUGCAUUAUCUCAUUCGAAUAGAGCCUUUCACCACACUGCAUAUCCAGCUUCAGAGUGGCAGGUUUGACUGUGCAGAUCGGCAGUUCCAUUCCAUUCCUGCAACAUGGCAAGCCCUUAUGGAUAACCCAAAUGAUGUGAAAGAGCUUAUCCCAGAGUUCUUCUACUUCCCAGAGUUCUUGGAGAAUCAAAAUAAGUUUAACUUGGGUCAGCUACAAAUCUCCAAAGAGGUAGUGAAUGAUGUUGUUCUCCCAAAAUGGGCCAAGUCACCUGAAGAUUUCAUUUGUAAACACAGGAAAGCACUGGAGUCUGAGUAUGUCUCUGCUCAUCUCCAUGAAUGGAUAGAUCUGAUUUUUGGCUACAAACAGAGGGGACCAGCUGCAGUGGAGGCGCUCAAUGUGUUCUAUUACUGUACUUACGAAGGAGCUGUGGAUUUAGAUGCCUUAACAGAUGAGAAGGAAAGGAAAGCUUUAGAAGGGAUGAUUAACAAUUUUGGACAAACACCCUGUCAGCUGCUGAAGGAGCCUCAUCCUGCGAGAUUAUCUGCAGAGGAGGUAGUACAGAGACAGACCAAAAGUGACAGCUCAACCCUGAAUCUGUUCCAGCAUCUCCCUGAACUUAAGUCAUUCUUCGUAGAGGGUAUCAGUGAUGGUGUUCCCAUUGUCAAGGCUGUUGUUCCCAGGAACCAGUCACGUUCCUUUAUGUCUCAAGGGAGCCCAGAGAUCCUGGUGAUAGCAAGUCUGAACUGCAUUAUUGGAACCCACGGGUGGCUACCAUAUGAUAGAAAUAUCUCCAACUAUUUUACAUUCAUCAGAGAUCCAACUGUGACAAAUCCCAAAACCCAGCGUAGCAUAAAUGGUCCUUUCGCUCCAGGGCUAGAGAUCACCUCUAAACUGUUUGUAGUGUCCCAUGAUGCAAAGUUGCUGUUCAGUGGAGGGCACUGGGACAAUAGCAUCAGAGUGACAUCGCUCACAAAGGGCAAGUUAAUUGGACAGCAUGUCAGACACAUGGAUAUUGUGACCUGUUUGGCUAUAGAUUUCUGUGGAAUCCAUUUAAUUUCAGGUUCCAGAGACACGACGUGUAUGAUAUGGCAAAUAGUUCAGCAAGGAGGAGUUCCUGUAGGCCUGGCACCUAAACCCUUGCAGAUUUUGUAUGGACAUACUGAUGAGGUAUCCAGUGUUAGCAUCAGCACUGAACUGGACAUGGUGGUAUCUGGAGCCAGGGAUAGCACUGUGAUUAUUCAUACUAUUCGGAAAGGUCAGUACAUGAGGACUUUGCGACCACCUUGUGAGAGUUCCCUUCUGCUGACUGUUCCCAACCUGGCUGUAUCCUGGGAAGGACACAUAGUUGUCCACACCAGUAUAGAAGGAAAGACUACUCUCAAGGAUAAGAAUGCAUUACAUCUCUAUUCUGUGAACGGGAAGUAUUUGGGCUCUGAGAGUCUAAAGGAGGAAGUGUCAGACAUGUGUGUGACUGGCGAAUAUAUUGUGAUGGGGAGCUUACAAGGAUUCCUUUCCAUACGAGAUCUCUAUAGCCUGAAUCUCAGCAUCUCCCCCUUAGCCAUGCGACUGCCGAUUCGCUGCAUUUCUGUUACCAAAGAAUACAGCCACAUCCUUGUAGGCUUGGAGGAUGGCAAGUUGAUUGUCGUUGGUGUUGGCAAGCCAGCUGAGAUGCGCUCAGGUCAGCUUUCCCGAAAACUGUGGGGAUCAAGCAAACGGCUCAGCCAGAUUUCAUCGGGAGAGACUGAAUAUAACACUCAAGAUUCCAAGUGAUUGCUGCUCCUGAAUUCUCUCAUGGAUUCCAGAAAUUUGUUUAGUCUUUUGGUCACUCUAAACAUAUCUCUCAACUUUCUGAUGAGUGUUUCAGGGUCUUAUCCUUGACAGUCAGUUGAAGACCAACAUAUGGUAGAGGUACAGUAAUUUACAUAUGCACACAUGCAAAUUAGCCCACAAUUGCUUUUAUUGCUUUUUUCCUAAUCACAUUGAUUUGGUAGCAGUAGAACUCUUUCUAGAUUAUGUGCUGGAACUGAGUUUCAAAAAAAGACCUCCAAGUGCAUUAAACCACAAAUGAUACAAGUGAAUAAUGCUAGAUGUUCCUCUCUUGCUUGGAAGAGAUUAACUCAAAUUCAAGGAAAAUAUCCCAUUCUCAUCUUACAUCUUUGUAAUUCCAGGAUCAUAAACUUAAAAUUCCUUCAAUUGCAGAUAUACUGAUAAAAUUGGGACAGUUGAGAGUUAUGACUUCAAAUAUAUUCUUCAGACCAAUCAGCUUGCUGUGUACUACUGUAAAUGAUUAUUAAUAAUCCUCUAUUGCGUGGCUCCUGAGAGAAUCCCUUUUAGACUGUUCUGCAGGGAGCACCUCAAUGGCACUACUUGAUUGUCAGAAAUUGUUUAACUGACAUACAACAAUGAAUUAUAACCUUGUAGGAAUUGGGUAGGGUGAAUAUUUGCUGCAGAACAUUCUUUAGGUGGUUUGGCAAGGCAACACGCACAUUUAGAAAUCCCUUGCAUGUUUUAAGAUCUCGUAUUAAUACAGAGGGAAUGAGAAUCACAUUUCCAUGUCUGUCAAGAUUGAGUUGUUCUUCAUUAAUAGCAUAAUUACUGCAAACCAAAAUGUCUAAUUUCAACAUUAAGAUCACCUGAAAAACUUUGUAUCAUAAUUUUACAUUUACCAUACCUUGUUUCUUGGCUCUGUAUUUGUCAGACAAGUAACCUGGUUUAGCCAUAUUCAUAUUGCUGGAAAAGUAAGUAGAAAAAUCCAGAUACUAUAUGCAUAUGUGGGAGAGGAAGACAUCAUAGCCCUGCAUAUACUGUAAACAACAAAAAUAGUACUCAAAAGCUCAAGUACUCUUGGGAAAACCUUAUCUUCAGGGCAAAGAGUAAAAUUUUUUUAGGUGGGAAUAUGACUGUAUGUAAAUAGAGGAAAAUAUUGUUCCCUUACAUCUUGUGUGGAAGUGGUAAUAAUUGAAAACAAGAUGUCCCUGUAACCAAUGCAGAUACAGAAUUGAUUUAGUUAAUAUUUCUCAGACACCUCUCCCUUCUUCUUCCUUAUUUUAUUACUUAUGGAGGUGAGGAUGUGUUGUAUCUUUUCUAAAUAUUGCCUGAUUUCCCUAGCACUGGAGAGUUGUUGAACUACCAAGGCACCCCAUACAGUAUAAUCUAAUUUCAUUCACUUUAGUGCAAUAUUUCUUGAUAGUCUAAAGAAGUAGUAAUCACUCUUUCCACGACACAUUUUUUGUUAAACCAACAUCCCAAUCUUAAUUUCAUAAAGAAAAUAAUGACCCUAUAUCAUGCUUUUAUACACUGAAUAUUUGUAAUGACCUUAUUAUUUACUAAUCUAAAAAGAAUCGUGUUGCUUGUUUUAACCGUUACUUUCAAAUUAUAUCAAUUAUAACAUUAAGUUAUAUCUGAUCAGUGAACAAAUUAGACGAGAUUAUGUAUAACUAUAAUACUAACUAAUCACUGUGACAGAUCAAAUCAUCUGAAAAUUAUGUGAAAAUGGAAACAUUUCUCUGUGGCACUUGUCAGUAUGUUUUUUAACCCCAUUUCUCUCUGUCACUCACUCCCUCUCCCCUUCACCUCCCCACUUUGCAAUGAGUUAUGGACAUGGGAAGAAAGUCUACAUGAAAAAAAAUAUAUUAACUAGUUACUGAUACAAUAACAAUACCAAGGAUACUCUGGAAGUAUUAAGUGUAUGUGAAUGUGAAGUAGGUUUGUCUAUUGUAAUUUCAAAAGUAAGAGAUUUUGAAGAGUUAUUGAGACAGAAGUUUAGAAGAAUCACAGUUUUGAAUGUGUGAUUUUAUUAUAGUUAAGUGGGAUUAUAUUGAAUUUUCAAAUGAAUUUGCUUGGGGAUACUGUGGUGAUGGUUUUAUAACUGUACAUUUAAGAUCUUAAAUGUGUAUAUUUGGAUUUUUUUAAAACUAUGAGACUGUUUGACUAGCAGAAUCAAAGUGGAGAAAUUUAGAAAGUUAAUGUUCUGUGUAAUGCUUGGCCAGAACACAAGUUUUUCUGUUGUCAUUUGUGCAGAGAGCUCACAUGUGAGUUUUUGAAAGCAUCUUUAUUCGUAUUAGGUAUUUUAUGCAAAAGUUUUAAUUUUUGAACUGGUGAACAUUUUAGCAUUUGUAUCCACGUAAGAAAAUCAGGGAAACUGGUCAACCUCCAUAAAAUGUAAUGUAGGUUUAGAAAUUGGAAAGAUGCAGGCAUUUGUAUUAUAAUAAUGAUAAUCUGAAUAUAUAACACUUUAAUCCAAGGAUUUUGGUGCUUUACAAGCAUUAGUUAAGCCUCACGAAUGUUAGCUACUGGUAUAAAUUAGAGCUGCCCUCAUAAUGCUCUGUCUUGGCGCUAAGGGACCAACCCUGCACAAACCAGCAACAAGAUCAUGGGAGUACAAAGGUGAGUGUUAAAUCACAUUUACACACUACUUGCAUUUUGUGCAGAUUGGCCAUAGCUGAGCAUCUGGUCCCUUGAGAAUGAAAGGUGCUACUUAAAUUCCAAUUUGUCGUCUUUUCAUGCACCAGCAGCAGCAGUUUUCUCAACUACUCAACAGUGUCUGUCUGCAAGCAGCACUAUACUUUGCUUAAUCUGUAAAAGGAAGCUGUAAAUAAAAGAUGCGGUUUGUAUGUGAGAGCUAUAAGUAAGGAAGAAUUUACCUGGUGUUCCACUUGUUUUUGUUUAACUUAUUUUCUUUCAUUUUUUCUUGAAUUAAUUAUACAAUUUUUUUGUGGUUGUAUGAAUUGUGGCUGGUUUGCAGUUCACACUGAGCAGUGGACACUGAAUUAGUGCACUGCACUUCUUCUAAGAUUUAAAUUUUUACUUUUGAUGACUCUUCAAGCUAAUAGUGCUCUUGGAUACCAUCCCCUCUGCUCUUCUCGUAGAGUGAAAAUAGUUAUCAAAAUACAAGUUCUCUUUAGUCUUUUUACACUAUGAUUUAUUUAUUUAACUUUGUUUUAGAAAGUAAAGCUGUGACAUGACGCAGUUCUGACUAUGAAUUCAGAUCAGGCUAGUCUGAAUACACAGUUGCUUUAUAACACUAAGAAUUUUUAAGUCCCUUUUGUAGGUGUUCUUGUCUUUUGUUUAACCAUUGGAGGCCACAGUGAUAUCUAUGGAAAAUAAAAAAUAUUGCUUACCUGUGAGGUGGACUUAAAAGAAAAGCUAAGUCAGCACUGUAAACAUAUGUAUUUAAAAAAAAAAAAAAAGCUGAAUAUUGACUCAUCUCUGCCUAGUAAUUUAUAAACUGGAUUCACCAGUUAGCAGUAUUCAGUAACUUUCACUUACAGUCUGGGGAAGUGCUUAGAAUAAUUUUGUUUCCAAUAAAAUUUGUGUUAGAUUAUCAAUGUUAUCGAUUUAUGUUGCAAGCCUCAGUGGUGGUAAUUCUUUUUGGUUGUCUUAUUUUUAUGUACUGUGGCGAAUGUUAUCUAAUAUCAUGCUAAGUGUUCAUUUGGGAAAUGCCAGUUAUACACUCAUUGUCCAAGUUAAGGUAAAACAAAACUAAACACGUGGGUAAUAUUGCAUCAGCGUAUUUAUUUUCUGUGUAUCAUACUCACCUUGUGCAAUCUUUGAAACUUUAUCUUUUCCAUCAUCCACCUAUCUUCCCACCACCAGCACGCACAAAAAAAACCCUGUUUAAACCAUCUUUUUCCUUUUAUUUAAAAUAUUUGUGGAAGGGCGGGGUCUUAAUUCAGAAAGCACCCAGUAAGAUCUUUGAUUAAUCUAGAUAUUCAUCUAAGCAAAGCUUUUCUUCAAUACCUGCUUUAACUACAAAUAGUAUUAUACAUUUUUAAAUUUAAAUGGCAUAUGGACUUUUAAGUAGCCUAUUGAAUUGAUUGUUUUGAUAAGGAGCCUCUUUAAUGUCUUAAAAACAGAGUUCUCCUGCAAUGCAGAGGAUUAAAACAAUAAUAUUCCGCCCCAUUUAAAAAAAUAAAUAAAAUCCCACAAUCUAGAAAGGGAUAGCCAGUGAGUGAUCUCCUAUUACUCUGGUUGUGUCUUAAUGGAAUUCAGUGGGUGUUGGCCAUCUAACUCCCUUAGGCUCUGAUGAAAAUCCUACCCAUUAUCUUUAAAUGUUCUUAUUUGAGAGUUCAUAUAUAGCUAUCAUCCACUAAAAAAAGAUUUCAUCUUGUAGAUUACUUAGUUGAAGAAGUAUGUUUGUGUAUGGCCUGCAGUACUGUAGAGAGUUUGAGACUAGGUUACAUUUUUUUCUUUUCAAGGGCUAUAUUAAAAAUCUGAUCUUUUAUUUGGAGGAAAUGCUAAGACUCUUUAUUAAAUAUACUGGUAGGCCUGAUCCUGUGAACCAGCUGAAGGCCCUAAUUCUGGAAAGCACUCAAGUGUUGUCCUGAAGGGGAAUGCUUGCUUGAACCAGCCCAUUGAGCUUACUACUAUGACAGCAAAGGAGUGACUUGCACUUGUGAGCACUACAUCUGUUAAUGUUCAGAGGAUUGGGCAUAUAGUUCUGUAAACAUCAGAUUCAAUUCUACAAAUCAGGAAUCUUGAACAAAUCUUUAAUCUCAGAUUUGAUUAACAGAAUGUACCAACUAUACACUGAAAUGUUCCUAGUUCUACACAAGCUAAGUAUUAAGAGGGUUAAGAAGUUUUUAAAAGAGGUUGUUCUUAGAUCAUUUACACUUCACGAUACUGCUAUGCAGUAAUGGUGCAAACUGGGCUAUUUUUAAUCCAUUUUAUUGAGUCUGUCAUUCUUUGUAGAAGUGCAGUCAUGUGUGGCUAUGUAACAAAUAAUUAUACAAGGAAGAUACUUAAGCAAGUGCUCCCAUGACAGACUGUAAUGAUUUAUAGAUGUAGUUUUAAAAUCAUUUCUUCUGCUGAAUCUCAAGAGUUGCAUUCAGUGUUACAAAGUGAACUUCCUUCCUUGUUCUGGUGGUAGAGUUUUCCAAUACCCAUCUGUACAUUGCCUCUCUGGACGCCCACAUCUGAGGCAAUACAGGCGGGGAGUUCAGUGGGUGAGUCCAUGCAUUCUGAGGAACCCAGUUUCACUCUAUAUUCCUCACCUCUUCUAAUAACGCUUGUUAGCCCACUCUUCCAAAGGUCUGCAGUCCCCUGCCAGGCUACUGCGAUUCAAACUAGGUAGCAGGAGCUGUACAGAUAGUACAAUAGGGUUGACCCCUUCUGUUGGAGCCUAAGCACCUUAGCAUCACUGACCUUGGGACUGAGUACACGAGAGCAAGAUAACCUAAAAGGUCUAUUUUGUCCAUCCCAAGGUGACAGUCCAGAAUUGUUCCUUACACUAAAUGUAGAGUGCUUGGUGUAGCUUAAAUGUGUCCGGUGCUAGGGUUUCCAUUUCUACUCUUGGAAAAUAGUUCUACAGUCUAAUAAACCUGAUGCUUGAGGAAUUAGUGCUGAUAUUUAAUCUAGAUUUUUCUUUGUUCAAUUUCAUCUUCCACACUGAGCUGUAUCCCCUUGGAACACUGGGGAUGUUUUCUUUCUGUUUGAUACCUAAGUCUUUCACAUACUAUAUUUAAUUGCCAAACUGUGCAUGUAUAAAGCAACAGAGGGUCCUGUGGCACCUUUGAGACUAACAGAA